AUGAUUCGAACUGACGAUCCUUUCAUACCUGUUCUCCGACGAUUUUUGGAAUCAGGUUAUGAGCCUUUUCCAUCAUAUAACUCCUAUAAUCCUGAUCCCGAGAAUCCUCUUAUAUUCCAUGACAGACAUAUCGCUUCUGCUCUGCUGCUAAAAAACGUCAAGCAUGCGCCUUGGAUUAUGAAAGAGCUUUCCAAUCUUUGCGAGGACACCAUCGAGGACUUCACUGCGGCAGGGCACAAAUUUAUUGAAAAUCGCAAUUAUUGGGAAAUAUUUCGCCGGCCUUCUGAGUACGUCAGCUAUUGCGCUGACAUAGCAAAACGCCACUAUGAUCGCACCAGCGUCCCCUGCAAUGCUUAUGCCUCAAAGUUGCUCUUCAGCCCGAAUGACCCAUUCUGGUUUUCCUUUAUUAAUGCACGUCUAAGCGGAUCUGAAAUAGCCCGUCGUUCUUUUUACUGCUUUGGUGAUAUUGCCAUAAUCAAACCUGAAGGGGAGGAUACAGGCGACAGACAAUUCAAAAUUCCACCCGAAACUCGGUCGACGCUGGACAAUCGCGCAUUAUCAAACGUCAACAAGCUCAGGGACAUGGGCAAUAUUUUUAAUUACGAAUUUUUUGUUGCGACCAAAACGGCGGAGGCUUUACUAGACAAGAUGAGUUGCUGGGGAGAAUUCAAGUGGGAAAUGCCUACAGUCACAGGCGCUCCGGUGUUGCCUGCCUCGCUCCCUGGGAAAGACUCGUCUUUUAUUCAGUCUCUUUUUCCGCUUCUAGGUGUGGAGCCCCUUCGUCCUUUGCCCAUACACAUGGGAACUUCCUCUAGAAAGUCUGCCCACACCCGCAAGGUUGUAGCUCCACUGACAAAUACUCGAAGAGCCGAGGCAGAAUAUAGGAUCAAUGUCCACCAUUACAUCCAAAAGGCGUGGCAAAAUGCAGUGCACACAGAUGCGACGUUUAUUGUUUUUUCCUGUGGCAGACAGGAGAGAAUUGCCAUUCGACAUCGUCAAAGCCAGACUCUGUUUUUGUCGGAUUUGAUUGAUCCCACAAAAAUACCUGAAAGGUGGGAUCCCAUAGAAGUUGAAAACCGGCGUCCUUCAAAACGUAAAGACCCUCCAGGGUAUUCAAAUAUUUAUAACAGUAUGAAGGACAAGGCGACAAGAAGGAAGCGAAGGCGAUUAAAUCCCGAAUUGGGGCUUACUUCUGUGGAAAUGGAUAAAAAGGCAUUCGACGAUGAGCUAGCCAAGCGGGACUUGGUGCUUUUCUAUCUCAAUUACUCCUACAUGAGUUCACCAGCACCGUCUUCAUUUCGACGUAUGGAACCUUCAUGCGCAUCGCGUCCCUUCCAAAACCAUCCAUACCAUUUCAAACGCAAAGCGUCAUAUUCACCAGCAAAAUAUAUCUUGGCGACUACAUACCAGGAUGAUAUUGGGAGUGGAGCAGUAGGAUUGGUAUACAGAGUCACGGCCGAGAUUGAAAUAGAGGACGGGUCAAAACAUCAGCGCACACUCAUUCUCAAGCUUGCUAUUGGUGACAAAAAGGAUCAAAUCAUUCAAGAAUACGAGAUCUACAAACGGUUGGCCGAAGCUAAUGCUACGUGUGGAAUUGUUGGCGUCCACGGCCUAUUUCACGAUAUGGAAACCGAUGCUUUGAUGAUGAUCAUGGACGAUGGAGGGGUGUCGCUGAGAACUCGCGCCAUUGAAAAAAAUUUAAAGAUUCAUUAUGAUUGGGAUGAUUCAGUUGAGACGACGGAGAAAGAACGGGAUGCCUUUACCAAGGCUCUAAAAGGCAUCCACCAUGCGCACGUAAUCCAUCGAGAUAUUAGGAUUGACAACUUGAUGAUUAAUGAUGCUGGCGAUGUUUUCAUAAUCGAUUUCGAUAAUGGUAGAUAUGACCCCCUCCAUGAGUCAUUCGAGUACGAAGAGGAUAUGGCAGAACUAUUGACUACAAUUGGGUGGCUAGAUAGCGACGACGACACAAGUGAAUCGGAUGAAGAUGAAGAUGAAGAUGAAGAUGAAGAUGAAGAUGAAGAUGAUGGUGACGGCCAAGCGUAA